UCUGAAAUGUCAGUGUAUAAAGUGCUUCUUAAGUGAACCAGUCCAAACUAAAGCCAGGCCGGUGUUGAGGGAUGAGUUGAGGUGAUUGGUUGGGUCCUCAGAGAACACAAAAGACGAGUCAAACAUUUGCAGGUGUCUCUGACAUUCCACUGAAGUCAGGAUGGAAGCCAUCGCUGGUGUAUUUUCUUUCAAACCGAAACCGACUUCAAGAGUGCUCACCAGUAGCUAAGGCGUCGUUUACGUUUUAAAUGGUUGCUUCUGAGAUCCUGGCCGUCUUGUCAAUCAAUCAGAGGCACAAUCAAACACCUUCUACAAGCGUCAGCGAGCACUUGAAACAUUGCUAUGGCGGACAAAUCCUUGGACGCAACAACAACGACAACAACACAAACUGGAAUAGAAGCUGAGCUGCCAAGUGUGGUCGUACGCGAGUUCGAACCCAAGGACCAAGUGCACGUACAACGCAUCUUUUACGAGGGGCUGAUGGAGAUGAUAUCUGACACGGCCUUCAGAGGCCUGAGAUGUCAUCCCGAGAGUCUCCUGCUCUAUUCAGCUAUGGCAGUUGUAGGCUUUGUGGUCACGGCGUGUUGGUGGGUGAUAGGACUCCUCCCUGCCGUUGUGCUGUGUGGCCGUUACUUCUGCAGCAGGCGUGUGAUUCAUGCUUACCUGAAGCAAGCCAUGAAGAAAGACAUGGGUCACAUUGAAGAAUUUUACAUGAAAUCACCAAACUCCCGCCUGUGGGUUGCAGUUCUAGAAGACCAGGUGGUGGGUGUUGUAGCAGCAGUCGGCCAGCAGGAGGCAAGAAGUUCCGUCGAGCUGAAGCGCAUGUCAGUUGACGGCAGGUUUCGUAGGCGUGGAGUGGGUUUGGUCCUUGGGUGGAAAGUUCUGGAAUUUGCCAUCACUCGGGGAUACUCGACUGUUGUCCUGGGAACCACAGCCUACUCACCCUCCGCCCACCAGCUCUACCGACGACUGGGAUUUCAAUGUACUGGCGUCACAAAUGGGUAUAUCACCCCCGGUGCAACGUCGUCUCUUUUCGAGAGAAUAUUUUACAGGGUCUGCCACCAUUACUACAGCCUGGAAGUGAAAAAUAUAGCCAUACAUCGCCACCCACAGACUUCUGUAGGAGUGCUGACAACAUAGUCAUCAUUAUUGAAAUUCACGGGAUAGCCAACAUCAUGUGACCGGACGAAUAAUAGCAGUCUGAGCAGUGUAUGCGCCGUCGUGGAUGAUGGGGAUUCAUGUGUCUGAAUACAAUGUUCUUUUAGUCCAUUGGAUGAUACAUAAGGGCUACAAACUUUGUCAAAAGUUCAAACGUUUCCUUACACCACGAUUUUCGAGAAAUUUCAGUUUUCGUAAACAGUCUCGGUUAUCGCACGGCCAACAAACUAGUGUGUCGACAAACAAAGCACCCACCCACACAUCAGUGACUCAGUCUCCGAAGAAUGGAUAGUGGUUCUUUUAGAGUUGGGACACUAUAGUCAGAUUCCAGCCAGGGAAUCCUUUAAUUGUAUUUAUGAUGUGUGGUUGUGGUUUAUUUGUUCAUAGAACAUCCACAAAAUAACAUGCAUGGUGCUAGCAAGGCAUUUGGGUGUAUCUGAGUGUUUGUGGGCUGACAGAAAACACAUCUCCUUAAAUGGGCAAUUAUUAGGCAUGCCCGAUAAUUAUUGGCCUGAUAUCAGCAUAAAUAUGUGAUAUUAUAUCGGAGUUGGAUUUUUUUCGAGAUCAUGAAAAGCG